UUAAUGUGAACGUGAACAAUGGUGCGUGAAUCCAGCUUAAACAUGAAUGUGAAUAAUGGUGAGGUAUUACUGCAAAUACCUUUUACUUGAUCAGGAAGAACCUUGUGAAGAAAUGCAUUGAGAUGUUCAAUGAGAUUGCAGAGAACAAGGAGGACUACAACAAAUUCUAUGAAGCUUUCUCCAAGAAUUUGAAGUUGGGUAUCCAUGAGGACAGCCAAAACAGGGCGAAAUUGGCUGAUUUGCUCCGAUAUCACUCAACAAAGAGCGGCGACGAGCUGACUAACCUAAAGGAUUAUAUCACGAGAAUGAAGCAAGAAGACCAUGGAGAUCAAUCCUGACAAUGGAAUUAUGGGGGAGUUGAGGAAGAGAGUUGAGGCUGACAAGAACGACAAGUCGGUGAAAGAUCUUAUGAUGCUGCUGUUUGAGACGGCGCUCUUGACUUCUGGGUUCAGUCUUGAUGAUCCAAAUACAUUUGCUGCGAGGAUUCACAUGAUGUUGAAAUUGGGUCUGAGCAUCGAGGAGGAUGAGGAAGCAGGUGAGGAUGCCGACAUGCCAGCUCUGGAAGAGGAGGCUAACGGGAUCACUCAUAGGUUAGAAAGAGAAAAGCAGAGAAGAGAGAGAGAAAAAGAGAAUAGAAAGAAAAGAAGAAGCAGAAGAUAUGGGAAAAGGAGAAGAUGAGAGAGAACAAAAAAACAAAAAUUG